UUAUAAUCGAUGCAACGUGUACGAAAGUUUCUGUUUAACGAAACUCUCGUCCAGCUACAACACCGCCAGAUUCAAUCAAUCAAACCAAACCAACGGACCAAGACUCCGGCUUGAACACCGCACCCGAUUGAACAAACCAACCAAACACAGACAUUCCCGGAAACAGCGAACUUUGCUCGGCAGAAAGCAUCAGGGAGCCAAAUUGAAAUGGUGUUCAAUAGCUUGCUAGUGCUCUCAGUGGCGCACGUCUCCGUGGACGCAUGGCAAUGCAUAGCAUGCAUGCCAGAGCGGUUGAGCAGCCAGCAGCUCUUGGAUCUCAUCUGUUGCUUCCCACUGCAGCAACUGGGUAGCCUAGCUUUCUGCCUCUGGACCUUCCUCUGCCUCCCUCUUCCCAAUACAUUCUACCCCUAUUACUCCUCUUCUGAAGACGAUGACUCCGAUGACUCUUCCUCCACCGUCGAUUACAACCACUAUUAUUACCACACCCAUUCCGAUUGAUCCUCACUCACCGGAUUUCAUUUACAGUAACAUACGGAUGUACGGGGGAGAUAGAUUCUUUGGUUGAAUUCUUGGCAUGUGAUGGAAAUGCAGAACUUGACAGAGUGACAGGAAAUCAUCAAAAAGCAGGCUGAGGCUUCAUGGUUAGUCACUGUUAUGGUCAUUGCUGGUUGAUGAAGAAAUUUUUAAUUUCUCGGUAAGAUAGUAACAGAGGACCUGAGUUCUGUAUAAAUAUUUUCUCUUUGUACAACAGCAGCUACAUCUGAUUGUGGGCACUCUAGAGUUUAUAUUUUCCAAGUAGGGUGGUAAAUGUGGCUCAGAUCUUAUAGAAUAUAGUAUUGAAAAGUACAUGUAACGGCAAUGAAAAAAUUUGAAUGAUACUCAAUCUUGUAUGGCAUCAAUGAUUUGUAGUCACAUAUAUAAUCUCAGUUAUUUUUGUUUGACUUCA